AAUUUAACUGGUGUGACUUGGUCAAUUCUGAACAGUCUCUCGGACGCGCUAAUCACCUGCUCCUUAACCUUAAUGCCGUGCUGGGCUCAAAGUUAUGAGCCGGAAUGAGUACCCUUAGGCCUGACCCACCAAACUCUAACCUCCUCCUAGCAAGCCUACUCACCGAGGUUGGCGGCCCGCAUAAACUACGGGGCCCGUUUCGAGCCCAAUGAGCCCAGUCAGUAUCCCCGUUAAAACCCUAUACCUAUACCUCGCGCCGUCAUCGGCGCGUCUCUUCCGUCCCGCCGGCGCUGGCUCGCCACCUCCUCGACGCGUGGGCCCACCUGCGCUUGCUCCCCGUUGUUCCUCGCUGGGAGCAGCCCACCGGGCCAGGGGCGCGCCGGCGCCGCCUCCAAUCCUCCAUUCGGCGCACCCCACUCCGGCGCCUCCCUCCUUGAUUGGCUCCGGUGGUCGGUGGUUCUAGGCGGGCAGGAUGUUCUCGCUGAGCCUGAUUGAGCAUGACCUGCCGAUGCCGCCGCACCUGCUGAGCCGCCCCCUCCUCGACGCCAUCAAGGCCGAGCUCGAGAGGCUCUUCCUGGAUAAGGUUAUCGCGAACCUUGGGCUGUGCGUGUCUGUCUAUGAUAUCCGAUCCGUUGAAGGCGGGUCCAUCAAUGCGGGAGAAGGCUGCUCGACCUAUAGAGUUUCAUUUCGUUUGCUGAUGUUCAAGCCCUUUAAUGGGGAAGUUCUUGUUGGGAGAAUUAGUGGAUAUGAUGAUAAGGGGUUGCAGGUUUCACUUGAUUUCUUCGAUGACAUAUGCAUCCCUGGACAUUUGAUGCAGUUUGGCACAGAGAGUUAGCGGUGAGGAUCCAAGGGGAAAGGCCACACAAGAUUUUAAAUCUCGCAGCGAUGAAGUAAUGAAGAGGUUGGUCCAUUGGCUUGCCAAACAUCAAACUGUGGAAAGCCUGUUGAAGUUCUCCCAAUUUGAGUUCUCCGAAUUUGAUUUUGAGUAGUGUGCUGAUUCAAGUCUUAUGUUGCCAACGUGUAUACAGCCAUCUAAUGAAUCAGCUUAAUUUCCUUUGUAGUUAAGGUAGUGUACUACCAGUAUUUAACAAUUAACAUGCAGGGUAUAAGUUUAGGAAAUGAGACUUUAAAUACAAGUAUGCAUUAGGUUCGCGUGGGCCCAUUUGUCA